AUGUGGUCCAACACCAGUUCCUCGAACCCCGCCUCGCCAACAACCCCCCAAAUCCCCUCCGUCUCGCCCACAUCGCCGACGUCGCGGCCAACAUACCGGUUAAAGAAUCAAGGGCGCCGUGUUGCGCAGAUUGUAAAGCUGAAGCCGGAGUGUGUGGAGAAGUACAAGGAGUGUCAUGCUAAGGUCUGGCCGGAGGUGUUGAAGCAGAUUAAGGACUGCAAUAUUGAGGAUUACUCUAUUUUCCAUGACCCUGAAACCCACAUCCUCUUCGCAUCAUUUAAAUACGUAGGCUAUAACUAUGCGGGUGAUAUGGAACGGAUGAGGGACAACCCAAAAGUUCAAGAGUGGUGGAAAAUGACCGACAGCUACCAAGAAUCAUUCGUGCCCGGUGCGAAGAGCAGUGCGGAGGGCGAACCGGCUUGGUGGAAGGGCGUUGAAGAGGUGUUCUAUAACCCAUGA